UGAGGAAUGUUCUCACCUCAGCCUGACCAAUCAAUUCCAAAAGUAUUUUGCGUGUAAUUCUUUCCGCGGUUUUGUGCGCGAGGAUCGAGGCCCCAUGUGUGUGAAUGUGGUCAGAGGCGUUGGGAAUAUGGAAACAUUGUUGUGUGACGCAAGACCACACCAAGCAAGCAAUAUAUGACAAAGUUAUGACUCGACAGAAAGCUCGGUGAUUGUGUGAUGUGAUCGUGUUGUAUGGAAAUCUUAUCGAAGCGAGGCUUUUUGGAGGAGGACGCGCGAAUCAGCAGUCACUCGCAACGGGCGAGAAGACGCACUUGCGGGAGUUGCAAAUCACGCAAAAGGGGCCCCAAUCUUUGGGUGGAAAUCUUAUCGAGAGAAGAUUUCUCGAAAAAACACCUUAUCGAUGCUUUUUCCCACAUUUUCCCACCUUCUUUAACUUUUCUUCACGCAUCAGGCAAUUGGUUCCUUUUAUCACAAAACAAUUUGCUGAAGACUUUGGAUUGUUUUUUGCACAAAUUGAUAAAAACUUCCGGCUUUUCUUUUUCCUUAUCAAUUUUCCUCUUAACCCAAUGAGAUAUCAGACUUUCUCUGGCAAAUAUUUCCACACUUUCCGGGGCAACUGGAAAAAGGGAGAGAGAUCUUUUAACGAGGAAAUUUCAUGCGGUGAAAAACUCCCUCAAAACAGGAAAAUACUCAACGCCAAAUAUGUUGAAUUUUGCUGAAUCACAAAAUGUCCUUAAAAUGUUUUGUGCCGCAGUUAUUGAGUAGCUUCCGCAGAAGGACGUGUCAGGGUGUUCAAUUCUACUUCCACACAUCGAGUAAUGUGAGAAAAGCAGAAGGUCGGAGGGAUCUGGUGGCUUCCAUGCCGGCCAGGGAUGAAGGAACAGCUGGAGAGAAAGUUGUGGACAUCGAUGCCUUGAUUAGCAAGAGUUCAAGAAGCCAAAUGUUCCCGGAUGGAGACACUGCUAAUCAGCUCUUCAAUGGAAUCCUAUUCAAGGAACUUCCAAUCUGCAAUAUUCGUGUCUCGAAGAAUAACACGAUUAUCACGGUGACUGAUCACAAGGGCGCGGUGAAGAUGAUACGAUCCUGUGGUAUGGAAGGAUUCAAGAAUACUCGCAAAGGAACGAAUAUUGCAGCUCAAGCCACAGCUAUCAGCAUGAGUGGGAAAGCCCUGGACUAUGGGAUCAAGACAAUCCGGGUAUUCGUGCAGGGUCUAGGACCCGGAAGGAUGUCUGCCAUAAAAGGCCUUCAAAUGGGAGGAAUGGACAUUGUUUCAAUAACAGAUGGUACCAAAGUAUCCUGGAAUCCACCAAGACCCAGAAAGCAAAGGAAACUCUAAAAAUGUUCUCAAUUUAGUUAAAAAUAAAAUUCUAAAGUAGGAAAAA